ACCCCCCACUUUAUGUGACACACUUGAACGAACCAAUUAGCGUUAUACGCACUUACCCGUCUAUAAGACACCCCACCCUCGAGAUGGCCACAGAUAUGCUUGACUCCCUCGUCGUCUACUACCAGCAGCAGCAGAUGUGGGCCUGCGCCGCCCGCGCGGCUGUCCACGAUGUCAUCGAAGACCAGGAGGAGGUCGACCCCAUGGAGGAGGACGAGCCGUACACCUCCUCGUCUUCAUUCCAGUCCUCUCCCGCCGACUCGCCCGAGGUCGAGACCGUAUCCCCUAUACCCGUGAAAGAGGAGGAAGAGACGCGCGCCAUGAUCCACCACGCGGAGCCGCCCCCGUCUCGGCGUCGAAGCUCGUCCGCGUCGGACGUCGUGCUGCAGAAGAAGAAGGCUCUCCGCGCGCGCAUGGAGGGCAGGUCGCUGCCCCACCGGCCGAAGUCGCCCAAGCAGGAUAUCGUCCGGCGGGUGCGCCAGCUGCGCGAGUUGAAGUACCUCUGGGCGCAGCCCCGCGUCGACAUGCUCGACCUGUACCGGACGUUGACGGAGACGCGCAUGAACAGCUGCCGGAGACUGGAGCGGCUCGUGCGCCACGCGAACAGGAGCGAAUACAGCGCUGUCCACUAGCUUUCGGUGAGUCGCCAUAGUAUAGUCCCCGGCCCGUUCGACAAGGGCUGACCAGAAGCCCACAGUGUAACAUUGCAUCGUACAGUCGCAUCGCAUCCGAUACCCUGUUGUAUCGCUUCGAUACCCUGUUGUAUCCCCUACCUCUUGUGAACGUCUUCAGUGGGACAUUCAUCUCGGAUUGCAGCACUGAGCACUCAUCAUAGUUCCUCGCUUUCGAGCAUCGUAGUACAUAUCUUAUUCACCCUGUAUCGAUAUAGUCACUAGUUAUCAGCCGAUUCAAGUGGUUCGACGUGGAC